AUGAUAAAUGUCUUAGAUAACAUCAUAGCACUUGAAUUGAUCAUCGAUGAUUUAAGAUACGGAUCUUUGAGUGAUUCGAAAUUACAACCUGUAUAUAUUUAUUCGAUUCCUAAGAACCAAGAUACGGAAUUGUCAAUGCACCAUGCAUGUCCUUUAUGGCUCGACACGGUCAAAGAAAGUAAUUUUACUCGCAAGCGGCAAGAAGAGAAAUACCUUAACUCAUUUAUAUCAACUAUUUCUCGGCGAAUCAGUGAUCGAUUAAAAAUUCAACCACCUUUAGAUCCUGUUCAUGUUGACUAUAUUUAUCGCGCGUGUUCAUUUGCGGUGUCAUUUUCUAAUAAAUAUGAUACUUGGUGUAGUUUACUCGAGAAAAGCGAUUUUUUACAAUUAGAAUACCUCCUUGAUUUGGGCGACUAUUAUAGCUAUUCCUAUGGAUAUCAACUUAAUUCCAAAUUGGCUUGUCGAUUUUUCACUAGCUUUGUAGAAUCAGUAGAAUCCUAUCUAACUGGACGAUCACAAGUAAAGAGUACUUUGAAAUUUGCGCAUGCGGAAACUAUAAUGUUUUUGGCAACAAUGCUGGGAUUAUAUGAAGAUAAUUAUCCUUUAACGGCAGAUACUUUGCCACAACAAAUCUCAUCGCGCAAAUUUAGGACAAGCAAAUUGGUACCAUUUACAGCAAACGUUUAUUUUGAGAUCUAUAAUUGUUCAACUAGGUAUGAUGCUGAUCCUACCUUUGGCACGACCCUUAUUCAACUUAUGGUUAACGAAAAACCUACAUCAAACUCUGUAAUCACUGUUAAGGAUUUAAAAUUUGACCUACAUUAUGAACAACCAAUCAAAAUCAAGAAUUUGUUAACAGACGGACAUAUAACUAUAAAUAUUCCAAAAAUAAUUUUUAAUUCGGUAUGA